GAAUCAUGACAGCGAUUGCCCACUCACUCCUACCACGCCUAGUUUAAACACAAAUUUCAUUUGACCGACGCCGAAUCGGAAUCGGAAUUGGAAUUGGAUUCUGCGUCUCUCUCUCUCGUAUUCGUAUAUUCUGAUCUGCCAUUUCUUCACAAAUGGAAAGACCUUCAAUUUCUCCGAUGGCGGGAGUUUCUUCCUUCACCGACGCCGGAUCUGCCAAUAACCGUGAAGAAGCUCUGGUGGUGCCCUGUGACUAUUUCCAUGGUGUAAUUGAUUACAUAAACCAGAUGGUUAUGGAAGAAGAAGAAGAAGACGAUCACCAAUUGGAGGCCAGCUUCUGUCUGCUCCACGACACCGAGAACCACCUCCGCGACCUCCUCUCCUCCGAUCCUUCGCCUUCCUCUUCAGCUGCUGCUGCAAAUGAUAAUCAGAAGAAUCAUCGCAGCGGAGGAGAGGACGAUGAUGGCGUAGCAGAUACAAGGAAAGGUAAGCUAUCAGCAACUUAUUAUUAUUACGCAGACGAAGAACACGACGAAAUGGAGAAGUUCGACAAGUUGCUGCUCUGCCGGAGAAUGAAUCCAGGCUUCUACGACGAAGUUCCGGUCACCGGAGAUGAAAUCAAAGUCAUAGACGGCCAGCAUAAAAGCAUGAGGCAGUAUUGGAAAACUACAGUGCCCAAACGGGGGAGGCCUAAAGGGAGCCGCAGCCGAAAGAAUAAUAACACCAACACCGAUAAUAAUAAUAAUGCCGAGGCCGUCAAGGAAGUAGCCGUCGAUCUCAGGAGCCUCCUUAGCCGCGCCGCGCAAGCCGUGUCCGAAUCCAACACCGCCGUAGCCGGACCACUGCUGAGCCAAAUCAGGCACCACUCGUCGCCCUACGGCGAUCAGACCGAGCGGCUGGCGCAUUGCUUCGCGAACGCCCUCGACGCAAGGCUGGCGGGCACUGGCUCCGCAAUGUUUGCUGCAUAUGCUUGCCAGAGAAUAACAACCGCCGAGCUCAUGAGAUCUUACAAAACGUAUGUCCAAGCAUCUCCGUUCCAGAGGAUGUCCAAUGUGUUUGCCAAUAAGUCGAUCGGGAGGUAUGCGAACAAGGCGACGAGGAUCCACAUAAUCGAUUUUGGGAUAUCUUACGGCUUACAAUGGCCCUGCAUAAUACAGGGCUUCUCGUUGCGGCCGGGUGGCUCGCCCUUGGUCAGAAUAACCGGGAUCGACUUUCCUCAGCCAGGUUUCAAGCCAGCUGAGAGAGUCGAGCAGGCGGGACGGAGACUAAUGAGCUACGCCAGGAGGUUCAACGUCCCGUUGGAGUACACCGCAAUCGCCAAAAGAUGGGAAGACAUAACCGUGGAAGAGUUAAGGAUCAGAAGAGGCGAAACGGUCGUCGUCAACUGUAUGUACAGGCUAAGACACGCGUACGACGAGUCAGCGGGGGUGAACACCCCCGCGAGGGACGAGGUUCUUAAACUGAUCAAGAGGAUAAACCCGGGGCUGUUUGUGCACGGAGUGGUGAACGGGUCGUACAAUGCAGCCUUCUUCGUCACCAGAUUCCGCGAAGCUCUGCAUAAUUACACGUCGUUCUUCGACAUGCUGGAGAGCACGUUGCCGUCGGAGGAUCAGGAAAGGGUGAUGUUUGAGAGGGAGGUGCUAGGCGGGGAAGUGAUGAAUGUGGUAGCGUGCGAAGGAGCGGCGAGAAUCGAGAGGCCGGAAACGUACAAGCAGUGGCAGGCACGGAACCGACGGGCCGGGUUCCAGCAGGUGGCGUUGGAUCGGGAGAUACUGAAGGAAGUGGCGGGGAAAGUUAGAAGGGAGUACCACAGCAACUUCUUACUGGAUGAGGACAGCGGAUGGAUGCUGCAGGGAUGGAAAGGCAGAGUUAUGUAUGCUCUAUCUUGUUGGAGGCCCGGGCCGACCCGACCCACACAAGAAUGAAUGAUCAACAUAACAUAGCAUAUAUUCCUCCUUUCUCAGCUAUAACAUAUUCUGUUCUACAGCCAUCGGCAGCAACGGAUUGAUUCAGCACACCUAAUUAAAAGGGUACUGAGAUCUUUUAACCUAAAACCAAUCGUUGAUAUGGAGUGAAUCGUCUCGAAAAUUCAAACAGGAUUAAUACUUAGUACGGAUACAAUGACUUUGAUAUAUGUUAAGAAAGGAUCCGAACUUUCAACCUAAAACCAAUUAGUGAUAGGUGGAGUGGCUUUUCACCCUUGUAAGCCAAGGGAGUUCCCACAUUUUUUCAAUGUGGUACAUA